AUGGCUCAAGCGCCCAAGCGCGUGAUGAAAAAAACGUCAACAUCUGAUCCUUUGGAGAGGAAUAAGAGAGAUAAUGAAGAAUUCUGCAAACUCUUUGUUGGUGGCUUGAGCUCUGAAACCACAGAAGAAACUCUAUGGAACUACUACCGGCAGUGGGGAUAUCUUACAGACUGUGUGGUCAUAAGAGAUCCUGCCAGCCAGACAUCAAGAAGAUUUGGUUUUGUCACGUUUUCCUCUGUGGCUGAGGUGGAUGCUGCCAUGGCGGCCAGACCUCAUUCCAUCGAUGGGAAAAGGGUCGCCCCCAAACGCGCUGUCCCAAGAGAGGACUAUGGAAAACCAGGGGCUCUUGUCACUGUGAAGAAGCUGUUUGUUUGUAGAAUUGGAGAAGACACAGAGAAGCAUCAUCUUAGAGAUUACUUUGGGAAAUAUGGAAACAUCAAUGCCGUUGAGAUCAUUAGUGAUAGGGAGUCUGGAAGGAAAAGAGGCUUUGGGUUUGUGACUUUUGAUGACCAUGAUCCUGUGGAUAAGCUUGUAUUGCAGAAAUACCAUACCAUCAAUGGUUAUCAUGCAGAAGUAAGAAAGGCCUUGUCUAGACAAGAAAUGCAGGAACUCCAGCAUUCUAGAAUAGGAAAGGGAGGAGGUAAGGUUGAUUUCCUAUACUUGCAUAGUGGUGGUGGAAAUUUUGGAGCUGGACAAGGAAGGGACUUUAGAGGAGGAUCUGAUGGAGGUGGGAGCAGUGGUGAAUCUGGGGAUGGUGACCAUGGGUAUGGAGGGGGACCAGGAGGUGGUAGUUUGAGGGUUAGUCCUGGUUAUGGAGGAGGACCUGGACAUGGCCACCAGGAUAGGGGCUGCAGAGCGAGAGGAAGGAACAACAAUGGAAGUCAGAAUUGCAAUAAUUUGGGAAAUUAUAAGCAGAAACCUUCAAAGUACGAGUUACUGAAGAGUGGGAAACUGAAUGGUAGGAGGAAUAUGGAAGGAUCAUAUGGUGGAGGAAACUAUUGUCCAGGAGGCCAUGGAGAAAGUGGGGAUUAUGGAGAGAUGGCGAUAUUGAGCUUGUUAUUUGACAGGGGCUUGAUUGUAUAA